AUGGGCCCAGGUACGUUGGAGUUUCAGAUAAUCGAAAUGAGCAAAAUGAUUUCAAAGUUAGCAGCUUCACAAAACAGAAACUCGGAUGAAAAGAGCCCAAAACCGAAGAAAGAAAAACCUCUACAUGUUGUAAAGAUUAAGAGGAUACCAUAUGGGCUUUUUGAAAAGCAACUUUGGGAGUAUUUCACUCAAUUUGGAAAGGUGAUCAGAGUGCGAGUAGCUCGAAGCUUAAAAACUGGGAAUCACAAAGGUUGGGCAUAUGUUGGUUUCGCAGAUAAGGAAGUAGCCGAGAUAGCUGCUGAAUCCAUGGAUGGAUAUUUGAUGUUUGAAAAAAGACUCAGCUGCCAUGUUAUGGAUCCUAAAAAAGUGCCCAAAAGCAUGAAGCGGGGUCCUAGAUAUCUUGCUCCUCCUCACAUGAAAGGCAGAGCAAAGAAAGAGGCGCUGAAAAGAAACAGGAAGAAGACAUCUGAGGAGGAGGAAAAGAGCAAGAAAAGAAGGGAAGCGGCGCAAAGGAAGCGUUAUAACAAGUUGAAGGUUCUUGGUAUUGAUUAUGAAUUUGGAUCCAUGUCAAGCAGUACGUCUACUGAAGCAAAGUCAACAGUAAAAGCUGAUGUAGGGAAACAAGAGGAAAACGAAUCCGAUCAUCCAGAUGCAUCAACUUCACAAGUCAAAACUAGGAAGCCUGCUAAAGCUUUGAAAUCUCUUAAAAUGAAGGCUGCGAAUGCGCGAAAUAAAGUACUGGCAUCCAAGGUGAAGAGAGUGCGCAAGUGA